AGAGGGAAAAGCACAUGAAGGCCUGUUCAUAACGGGUUAAUUCAUAUCAGAAAAAAACCUGAAAACAACACUGCAAGGCUGAAGUUCACAUACCACAGUGAAGGAGGCAUUGGGUUUCUGUCCUUGUGAAACACUUAACUGUGACUGUUCUUUGAAUACACUGAGUAGGUUAAAACCUCUCCUACAGGACUCACUAAAGGGAUGUCUGAGGAAGGAGUGCUGAAAAGUUGUAAUGUAGAGUCUAUCAGGCGGGCAGAGUUGGUGUUAAUGGAUGGAGUGUUGUUUCCGGAACCUGUGCAGAAAACAUGGGACCAGGUGAAGAGAUUCCAAGCACUUCCUGAUGACCUACUGAUUGCCACGUACCCUAAAGCAGGUACCACUUGGACGCAGGAGAUUGUAGAUUUGAUCCUUAAUGAUGGGGAUGCAGAUAAGUGUCAGCGUGCCCCAAUCUAUGACAGAAUACCAUUUAUGGAAUAUGUGGAACCCCCACCUUUAUCUUCUGGCCUUCAACAAAUUGCUGCACUGAAACCCCCAAGGGCAAUAAAGACCCACCUUCCAUUUCAGCUUGUGCCUCAGUCUUUCUGGGAGCAAAAUUGUAAGGUGAUCUACGUUGCAAGGAAUGCAAAAGACAAUCUUGUUUCCUAUUACCAUUUUGAGCGCAUGUGUUUAGUAGAACCUGAACCUGGGACUUUUGAAGAAUUUUUCAUGAAGUUUAUCGCAGGAAGGGUUGGUUGGGGCUCUUGGUAUGACCAUGUGAAGGAAUGGUGGGCACAGAAAGACAAACAUCGGAUCCUGUAUCUCUUUUAUGAAGACAUGAAAGAGGAUCCAGAGCGUGAAAUCAAAAAAAUUGCAAGAUUUCUUGGGAAGGAUUUGCAGCCUGAAACUAUUAGCAAGAUUGUACACCAUACCUCAUUUGACAAAAUGAAGGAAAAUCCAAUGGUUAAUGGACUUGACAUACCUGACUUUAUUUUUGACACCAGCGUAUCAACCUUCUUGAGGAAAGGGGUCGUCGGAGACUGGAAGAAUCAUUUUAGUGUUGCACAAAAUGAACUGUUCAACAAGCAUUACUUGCAGAAAAUGUCAGACAGUUGUCUUCAGUUUCGAUUUCAGCUCUGAUUUAUAUCAGGAAUUAUUAUUCCAAGGCACAAGGCAUCUCACUUUGCAUUUACAUAUGAGAACAUUGACUGACUAAUCGAAUAAACUUGUAUAUGUUAGAAUAUGAAAA